AUGCAUUUAAUGUACUAUUUUGAUGAGCAAGGCAACAGAAUUUACACUCUGAAGGUUAGUAUUAGUAUAAGAAUGUUUCUUGCUUGCAGCAAAUCGGGCAGACAUGCACAAAUGUUCAAUAUAGGUAUAACUUUGGUUUGUGAAAAUAUAGUCUUGUCUCAUUAAAAUCAGCAUGUGUGUUCGACCUUUAUAUAAGUAUCUUUGAAGUUGUUUAUGUCUUACUGAGUACUCAGGCUAUUUACUGCAAUAAAGAUCUGAUAUAAUCCUAUUACUACCCUGAAUAGAACAUUUAGGGUAUUUUGCAAGUACCGUACAACAUGCACCCUUCCGGAAGUUUAACCUGGGUGGAAAGCACCACCAAGCUGCACAAUAACAGAAAUUUAUUAAUAAUUAGUAUUACAAAAUAGCUAGCCUGCCGCAUGAGAUCUCGGGCUAAAGUAUCCUACUUUCCAGUGUGGCGAAAGUAUGUCACUUUAGCUAUAGAGCCACGUCCAUAUUCAUGUUGCCACACAUAACAUGUUAUCACCAGUAUACCCAUCUCAGAUAACGUCAUAUUUUGACCGCUAAAAGAGCUCAAAAUCAAAAUGGCAAAGUGCCUCUUAUAAAAAUAAAUAUGGUAUAUAAUCGAUCAAUUUAUCUCAAAUAUGCAUUAAAUUCUAAGGCUUCAUUAAGGCUUCAAUUCAAAGUUAUUGACUAUUGUACUUGCCUUUGUUGGCACCAAUUAAUGUAGGAUCUUUAUUAUAAAAUAUGAGAAGUUUUAUAGGAUGUUUUAUUAUUAUUUUCAUACUGAACUAUUCGUCUCACAGAAAAAUGUCACGAUUUGCACAGAUGACGGGUAUUUGACACGGAAAAAAAUGUCGCUUUAAUACUUCGACCUUUGUUUUGACCUCUAUUAGUUGAAAUAAUAUAAUACUGGCAAAAGUUGCAAGGCAAACAUUAAAUAUUUAAACUUCGGUCUGAUCGGAUGUAAAUAGUCAAUUUGCCACGAGAUAACGUUGAGGAGUUGAUGAGUUGAGGAGUUGACCCACCCAUAACGUCGGUGUUAUGUGUGGCAACAUGAAUAUGGACAUGGCCCUUUAUAUUAAAGCCCAACGUCUCAAUCACGAAAGUGAGGCUCUAGUUUAUUUUAAUGAUGUAAUGAUCAAAAUACAGUGCAAAAAAAGGCAAGUCAAGUGCCAAAACAUUUGACAUUUUGACUUGUGUAAAGUUUUGACUAGCCUACUGUAACUCUGACACUUUAUCAUCUGACUAUAAAAUGUGUCAAAGUCACAGAUUAGUAAUUGAUAAAUAAUUUUCUAUCUUAUUUUUAUAGAAAGUUGAUCCAAAUGGAAAAACUACCAUAUCGUCACAUCCUGGUAAGUAUUUGGUAUACAUCUACUGUACCAUACAAUUGAAUUAACAAAAUAAAUUAUUAUCAGGGCUUGAAAUAACAGCCAAUCACCGAUCAAUGAUCAGCAAGAAAUUGCUUAUGAUUGGUGGAAAAGCAGGGGAAUCAAGUUGCAUAUUCCAUUCUUACAUAUCGGUUCAUAAUAUGGUUCCCUCAGAACAUAUUUGUGGGUGUAGAAUAUGUUUACAGAAAGAAUGCAAGGCGGAAGAGGAAGAUUUCUACGCUUUCUAUACACAUAUUGUAAAAUUAUCCAUGCAAAGGAACAGUGGUAUCUUAUUUGUCGUUGGCAGAGAUUCAGAGAACUAUUGGAAGGUUUUAGAGACAGGCAUUAACGUUUUUACGCUGUUGGAGCAAGCAGUACAAUUUGAUGAAAAUUAAUUAUUGUCUUGUGCACGGGUGGAAAAGGUAUCAUAAAACCUUUUUCAGUUCCCACAAAAAUAUUUCCCCAAGAAGAAAGAAAAAAAAAUGUAAAAAUUUAAUAGAUAAACUUUGGCGAAAUUCAGAGGAAAAAUUCUAACUAAUAGAAAGAAUGUUACCUCAGAAGUCAGAAAUGCAAUAACUUUAUUUUUAUAAGUACAUCCAUCUUAAUAGUGCGAUAGUGUGUAAAUUUGUAGUCUAUAGAAUAAUGUAACAAAUGUUGUAUGGCAAAUGCAUUUUUAGCUAGUGUAAUUUUCAAAAUUUUCUGGGGAAGCAUAGGUCCCUAGCUGGUAUAGGUCCCUAGCUGGUAUUGGUCCCUGGUAGUACGUUUUUUUAGCAUCUCUAUUUAUCUUAGGAUCAGACCCUGAUGCAUGUUAUCUGAAUACGUUUUAUGUUAUAUUCCUAAAAGUAUUAUUAAGAUUCUCAGUGCACUGAAAUUCUGUUAAAAUAUAGCAUGACAUUCAGUUUCACGACAUCACACAGUUACAGUGUCCGAUUGUUAAUAUUUUCCCCAGCCCUGGGGCCGGUUGUAUAAAACUCUUAAUCACUUUUUUAAUCACUAUUUUGUAGUUAAAUAGUGAUUAACUCUUAAAUACGCGCUUCUUAUUGGAUGACGUUUGCACUUAACCAUAGUUAACUUUUUUCACUUUUUUAUACAACCGGCCCCAGGUCUUGUGGGGAAUCAAGUCGCAUAUCCCAUGCUCACAUAGCCACAUACUGUAUAUGUUCUUAGUAUGGUUGCCCAUAUUUGUUAGUGGGCAUAGAAUACUUGUAUGUUUACAGAAAGAAUGCAGAAAUUGUGUCGCUGGGGCUGAAGAGGAAGAUUUCGGAGAGUUUCCUCGCAUUCUAUACGCAGAUUAUUGUAAAAUCAUCGGUGUAAAGGAAACGUAGAAAAUCUUUGAAGUACAGUAUCUCAUUUUGUCGUUGGCAGAGUUGCGUAGAGCCAUGCAGGCAUUAAACCUACGUUUUCGCGGUGUUGGAGCAAGCAGUAAAAUUUGAUGAAACAUAUUACAGUAGUUAGAAGCAAAGUGCUGGGAUAUGUUGUUUCAAAAAAAAUUCUGGAAGCCGUAAUCUCGGAAGCAUUCUGCAAUAUCAAGUCAUCUACAUUUGAACGCCUUGUUAAAGAAAAACGUUCACGUUGUAAUGAGUUUUUCGAAGGAGUAUUGACAGAAAUGGUUGACAGUGAAUGUGCAAGACGGAGUAUAUAACUGUAUAAGGAAUAUUGAAGAUGACAAAAUGGCGAAGAACACCCAUCUUAGGGUAUAAAUUGUGUGUGCCAAAUCCGCUUUCUUGCAAUGGGUGUCGGAGAGGGACAUUACAAAACACGUCUAAAUUGCUUAAAAACGCCGAGAUUGUCAAUAUUUUUCAAAUUUGUUUGAGAAAUAGACACAAUCUCUGCGUGUGUGUAUGCAAAGACCAAGAAAAAAGACAACCUACGCCUGGUGCAAUGCAACACCUAUAGUUCAGCAGAUUUGAUGUUGCCAAUGUUAGUGGCAACACUUGGCGACCCAUACAGUAGGUGUGGAGAUUGUCGCUGUUUUUUAGAUAUUAAUUAAUAUUGUGAAAAAACAGAGACGAUCACGGGCGGACUUGAAAUGGAAGGACCAAGAAACGAGGCGACCUAAACCUAUAUUAUAGUCCUGUGUCAUGCCGUUGCAACGGGCCAAGCUCUCACAAUCCCUGACACCAACGUAAGACACUCGUGCACAACAGAGUCAAAGUGAAGAACAAUAUAUCUAGAAAAAGUAGGUUACUGUAAUUCAUGGUACAGAUUUGCGUGACGUUUACUUACUGUUCCUUAUAAUCAAUGGUUAGAACUUAGAUACAGAUUGUGUGUCCUUGUUACCUCAUGUUGUUACUAUUUAGGCCGUACCUACAAAUAUUUACCACUGACAUAUUGACCAAUUUACCAUCACACUAAACUUUUAUGGUCAAGGACAUGUUAUACGAGGUAACUUUUGCUACAACUUGCGACGCAACAAACACAUGUUCUGCUUAGAUUUCAAUUAAGGUGGAAUCGACUUUACCGGUUUUUGAAUUUUUGUCCCAAUGGCCUCGUUUUCAUGUUUGCCUAUUGGAGCAUGGCAAGACACAAGUUAUAUCCCCAUGCACGAAUAUGUUUAUAUUUGAUCUUGAGCCCAACUGAGUUUAUAUGAUGUGUUGUCGUGAAAUCACUAAAAUGUGCCCCCCCCCCCCUCUCUCAAAGAUGCCUGAAACAAGCACCCCCCUCUCGGGAUGGACUUGAAUGGAGGUUUACGAUAUCAAUUAAAACGCAUUUAAAAACAAUUAAAGACUGUGGCUUUUCCUAUAUUUAUUUUGUGCAGUAGUUCAGGACGGAGGUUUAUUAGCGGGGAAGGGGCCAAAUUAAUUAAUUUUCACCUAUAGAGAGAGAGGAAAAGUUUAUUAAAUACGUGUCAAUUACAAAUUAACUUAAAUCCUACUUCUACUAAACUAUUAUGCAUGCAAUACUAAAAGUUUACAUUAGAAUAUCUAUGAAUUCUAAUAAGAAUAUCUACUAUGAAUAUCUAUUAAGAUCUUGUCUAAUAGUUACACCAAUUAAAUACUAUACACUAUCUUUGAGCUUUUGAAGCGUAAUAGUUAAUGAAACUGUCUUUAAAACGAUUCGUCUGUAAAACUGGCAAGUCAUAUUUUGAGGUAGACCUAACUGUACAAGAUCAAGAUACUAACAGCACUGUCUGGUAGUGUCGGUUCGUUUCACGACCUGUUCGAGGAACAGGUAGAUGAGAAAUAUUUUGUGCAAUGAACUCCAAAAGAAGAAAUGCUGAAACAUGUUAAUUUAGCAACAACCAUUUCCUUGGAAAUUUCGACAAAAAACAAGACAUUCUGACGUUUAAAUUAUUUCUUUCGUUCAAAUAAACUAUAGUUAUAGAAAUGAAUAAACGUGAUUCUCUAUAAAACAUUACUAGUUUUCGUGUUUCACCAUAUUGAUGGCUAACUACUGUAGAGGAUAGUCGGGGGGGGGGGGGGUAAAUAGAGUCCGGGGCUUAUUAAAGAAAAUACGGCAUAUUUAAAAGUACUUUUUUUUUAAUGACGGAAAUAUUAUCCUGAUUCACUGAGCCCUGAAUUUAUUCAUAGAUGAUAAUAACAAAAGUUUUUCUAUAACAAUUUUCAGCAAGAUUUUCACCUGAUGACAAGGUAUCGAAAGAAAGAGUUGUGAUGAAGAAGCGAUUUGGAAUAUUGUUAACCCAACAGGAUCCGCCUGUUUUUUAA